AUGAAUUUAGUGAAACGAAAACAAAUGUGCGCAAGAUCUGGCUUAGUAUACACCACUUUGAUAUCGGUGGGCACGCUGAUCAAACAAAGUGUCCUUGGUCCGUCAUGCAAAGUCAUGUCUGAAAUCCGAGAAGAACACAGAGUUACUCACGGUGGUCUGCCGGAUUGGACAAAAUCCGGUGAAAACUUUUUCUUCGUUGAAACAUCGGGCAUUUCUUGCCUAACCAGCCGCCAGGCGUGUAGCAUCGAAUCAGCAGCGAGGACAAACCGAGGAUCUACGGUAUUCUUGCUGACGGUUCGGGAACUAGAACAAUGCAGUUAUAUGGACCACCUGAGAACGCUCCCCAACUUCAAGUACCUCAAAAUCGACGUGGGGAGCGUAGUAAACGGCACGCCUCUGGACUUCUGGUACACAAGCAGUUUCUGGACGGCAAGCCCUUUCCAGACGGAACACUUCAGCGACGCGCUUCGGCUCCUUAUCCUCUGGAAGUACGGAGGCGCCUAUGCAGACCUGGAUGUCAUGGUGCUCAAAGACAUGGCUGGUCUCACCAGCAGUCUCUGCCGGGAGCUGUUUCCGAUGGUCGGCAAUGGAGUAAUGAGGUUUCAGAAGGAACAUCCUUUCCUUGCGUCUUGCCUAGUGGAAUUCGCCCGUGCUUACACGCCCCAAUUAUUUGCCCACAACGGGCCGCGUCUUCUGGAACGAACGUUAGACAGACUGUGUCCCAAGAAGCCAGUGAUGCAUACACCUUACUUCAACGUGUGCUCAGGAGUUACUGUGCUGCCGCACGAGGCAUUCUAUCCCGUGCCCUACACAGAAUGGAGGACACUUUUUCAGGCAUCGUCCGCAUCGCACGUUCUUCGGCUCGUUUCCAAGAGCUACACGCUUCACCUGUGGAACUCGCAGAGCAAGUCCACGUAUAUGGAGCCAGGAUCGGCGUACGACGCUCUCAUGAAAAGCUUCUGCCCAGUAGUCUACGCUUUAUCGACGGCGCACAACCCGGAUGCAUUGUGA